UUUUUGGUUCUUUUUUUGGAGCUGGGGACUGAACCCAGGGCCUUGCGCUUCCUAGGCAAGCGCUCUACCACUGAGCUAAAUCCCCAACCCCCCUGGCCACCAUCUUAACCUUGGAUGGGCCAUGAUCUUAGGUUAAUUAUGCCUAAAAGCUUGACUACUGUCUUUCCUUGCACUGUGACUUUAAAUCUUGCACUCUCAGAAAUGUUUCUGAAGGGCUUUCCUACAUCAAGUUUACAGACUCCUUGAGUAAAACCCUACAGUUUCUCGGGGGGGGGGGGGGGAGUGGGGUGGGAGGAGGGUCAUUGCCUUGGGAUUAACCCCAGUACUCCCUUCACUUGCUGCAGUGAAGACGUCUUAACUCUUGCUUGUACUCUGUAGCUUUGCACUAACCAAGAUGUACAUAUUCCUUACAUUUGGUUGCAAGUUGUUGCUACAGUGUCUUCCUUAACAGACAGGUUGUCAAGGCAACCAGGGAUGAAAAGGAAGGCCGUUGCAUUAGAAUCCACUUUAAGUUUUCAAUUAGCAAUGAUCGCACCUUGGAUAAACCUCAUUGGCUACACUGCCACUGCCUGUGCAAAACUUAGAAUCCACUUUAAAAAAAAAUGUGUGUGUGCCUGCUUAUCUUUAUGAAUAUUACACGCAUUCAUUGCUUAUUUCUAUGUAAACUACAUGCAUUCAGGUGCCCAUGGAGGCCAGAAGAGGGUAUCAGAUCCCCUGGAACUGGAGUCACAGGUUCUUGUGAGCUGCCUAACCUGGAUGCUGGGAAUUCAAUCCAGGUCCACUGCAAGAGCAGCAAGAACUCUUAGCCACUGAGACAUCUCUUCAAGCACCAUACUCUAUUUUUUUUUUAAAAAGAUUUUUUUCCCCUGUUUUUUCAAGAUCAGGUUUCUCUGUAUAGCCCUGGCUAUCCUGGAACUCACCCUGUAGACCAGGCUGGUCUUGAACUCCGAGAUCUGUCUGCCUCUGCUUCCCGAGUGCUUGGCUUAGAGGUGUGGGCCACCCUGCCUGGCUAAAAGGAUUUAUUUGUACUUUUUUAAAAUUAUGAGUAGGCGUGUGUGUUUGUGGGCAAGUGUGUAAGCUGCCCUGGGAGGCCAGGGGCAAUGAGUACCCCUGGGGCUGGAGUUACAGAUGGUUUGUGACAUAGGUGCUGGGAACCAAACUUGGGUCCUCUACAAGAGCAGUGCUCUUAACUGCCAAGCCAUCCCCAGCCCCUAGAAUCCACUUCCCAUGCUGUAUUUACAAAACCACAUUCUUCAUUCAACCGCCACGGGUGCCCUUUCCUGUGUUAGGUUAUCAAGGGUUGACCCUAAUGCCUGGAGACUGAGCCGGGUGGCACCAGCAGGCUUUCAAGAUUAGGUCUCGUGCCUGCCUAGCCUGCUACACUGGGGCCUCUGAGGACAGUUUCUCUCCACCCUGAAAGAUUGUGGGAAACUCUUGUCAGCCUGUGGCAUCCUGGUUCAGUGCUUCGGCACUCCUCAUCUGGUGGAACUGGAGAACCGGGCAGAGAGUCUUGGGAAGAGACCACGUCUUCACACAGAACCAUCCCUUUGGCUACAGUUUGGCUUCAGCCUUACCCUCUCUGCCUAGAAUCAGCCAGAACUUGACCUCUUUUGAGGGCUUCUCAUUCACUCAGUGAUGCCCUCACCCAAACCUUCUUCACUGGUCAUACACAACACUGUUCCGGAACUGAAUGUAAGAGUCACCAAGGUUUGGGCAGUGGUUAAAAGCUUCCAAACAUACAGUGACCAAAAUUAAUUCCAACUCACGUGUAACAGACCCACAGUGUCUCUGGCAGCAGUCACCCACGGUGCAUCCUGCGACUCCACUGCACCGUUGGUCUGAAGGCACAACAGGUAUGGCUUGCACACGCCUUGCAAACCCUGAGAAGCCUCAUAGCAGGUUUGGAACCACUGUGUUAGGAGCUGAAGUGUUUCUACUGCGUGCACCAAAGCAUGACGGUCUAAUUACAGGAAACAAAGAAUUCUAAUAUUUACCUAUCAUUCCUUAGCAUGUUUCAAAUUAUAGUGGCUAGAUUAUAUUAGACAAACGCAUCCCCCUAAUUAGUACAGGAAUCUGUUUUUGUCCCUAGUAAGUGGUAAAAUUACGUGUAUGCCGAGUUUUAAAAUAAAUUCUUUUCUGAUUCGUAAUCAGUAGAUGUUUGAUUUGUACGCCUAUUUUAGAUACCUGGAGUCGCAUAAAAACUUUUUGGGUAGAAAGGGAUUGCUAGUGGAGAAAGCUUAAGAAGCCUUGCUCAGGGUCACCUGAUGUCAGUGUCACCGCCCCCUCCCCAAACCCCUUCAGCAUAGGCUCUUCAGGACUUGGGGGCUCUGGUGUGUCUUGUGCCUCAGUAGCUGUGUUAGUUACUGGGUUGGGCGGGGGGUGGGGGGGGGACCACUUCUGGCGGCGAUCAAAACUUGGUCUGAGAUCCUGUAGGAGGCCCCAUUGGGCAGACGCUGAUUCGGAUCAAAACUAGAUCAGGCGAUCGGAGAAGGGCAUCAGACACACCAGCAGGUACACUCAGGAUAGCUAGCACUAGUACGCACUCCUGCGUCUGCCUGCCGACUGCUGCCCUGGUUCGAAUCCGCUGGAGGCGCGGUCUGCACCACCUGUGGCCUCCGAUCCGAAGUUCAGUCUUCCCACAAAACCUCCCGGUGAGCCGAUCCUUACACUUCCUCACCUGCUUCUGGCAGCCUUGAGGCCCAAUGCGACCGGCCGGAAGCAGGGUCGUAAAAUGCGCUUGCGCUGAGUGACAAGCUCUCAGAGAGAACCCCGGUCUCAAGGAUGUGUACAGCACCCAACACCAAGUUCAUACACAUUGCGCUUGCGCAGGACACCGAGGCCUGGGCGGGGCGUGCUCUUCGGCCAGCUGGAGUGCUCGGCGCUUGCGCAGGUCCAGGGCGGCGGCUCAGGCUUCGGGUGGGCAUCAUCUGUUCCUUUCUGGGCUAGCCUAGAAUUCAGCGGAGAAACGCGGCUGAGACGUGAUGAGAAGAUGAAGUGAGGCACCAGUUAUGAGACAUGAGCUUACUGAACUAUGGAGGCACCAGCUGAAGAUCCCAGCCAUGAGUCACAGGUCACCCCAGCUCCGGUACGUAAGAGCCACGGUUUAACGAUCGUACGGAGGAGGAGUGCCAGCUCACAGGAGGAAGACCCUGUGGACUAUGGCUGUGAGAUGCAGCUCCUUCAGGACGGGGCACAGUUGCAGCUGCAGCUGCAGCCCGAGGAGUUCGUAGCCAUUGCAGAUUACACCGCCACCGACGAGACACAGCUCAGCUUUCUGAGAGGAGAAAAAAUUCUGAUCCUGAGGCAAACCACGGCGGACUGGUGGUGGGGCGAACGUGCGGGCUGCUGCGGGUACAUCCCCGCAAACCACCUUGGGAAGCAGGUGGAGGAGUACGACCCGGAGGACACCUGGCAAGAUGAGGAGUACUUCGACAGCUAUGGGACUCUGAAACUUCACCUGGAAAUGUUGGCUGACCAGCCUCGGACAACCAAGUACCACAGUGUCAUCCUGCAGAACAAGGAGUCUCUGAAGGACAAGGUCAUACUGGAUGUGGGCUGCGGCACCGGCAUCAUCAGCCUUUUCUGCGCUCAUCAUGCCCGGCCCAAGGCAGUGUACGCGGUAGAAGCCAGUGACAUGGCCCAGCACACGGGCCAGCUGGUCCUGCAGAAUGGCUUUGCUGACACAAUCACUGUGUUUCAGCAGAAGGUGGAGGACGUGGUGUUGCCCGAGAAGGUGGACGUGCUGGUGUCGGAGUGGAUGGGGACCUGUCUCUUGUUUGAGUUCAUGAUCGAGUCCAUCCUGUACGCCCGGGAUGCCUGGUUAAAGGAAGAUGGCAUCAUUUGGCCAACCACGGCGGCACUGCACUUGGUACCCUGCAGCGCUGAGAAAGACUACCACAGCAAGGUGCUCUUCUGGGACAACGCGUACGAGUUCAACCUCAGUGCACUCAAGUCGUUAGCAAUCAAGGAGUUCUUUUCAAGGCCAAAGUCUAAUCAUAUCUUGAAGCCAGAAGACUGCCUCUCUGAGCCAUGCACAAUAUUGCAGUUGGACAUGAGAACUGUGCAGGUCUCUGACCUGGAGACCAUGCGUGGCGAGCUGCGAUUUGACAUCCAAAAGGCUGGGACCCUGCAUGGCUUCACAGCUUGGUUCAGUGUACAUUUCCAGAGCCUGGAGGAGGGCCAGCCUCAGCAGGUUCUCAGCACAGGACCGCUGCACCCCACCACACACUGGAAGCAGACCUUGUUUAUGAUGGACGACCCAGUCCCAGUCCACACAGGAGACGUGGUCACGGGUUCGGUGGUGUUACAGAGAAAUCCGGUGUGGAGAAGGCACAUGUCCGUCUGUCUGAGCUGGGUCGUCACUUCCGCAGUUGAUCCCACGUCUCAAAGGGCUGGAGAGAAAGUCUUUCCGAUCUGGAGGUGACGGUUAAGCACCGCGUGGGAGUCACGGCCGUGGUGUGCAUCUUGGUGGAAGAAGAUGCGUCUGGCCACCUUCUGUGACGUACACACUCACCCGUCCCAUGCUGACCCCUUCCCACCCAGCAGGUGACAUCGGGCCCCUCACAGCUCACCCCCCAACCCCCAGUGUCAUUUCUCCCGUAGGCUGUGUAUAUAUAUAGGUGUUCAUCCUGUGGUGCCCGUCGCUGCCAGCCGUGUUCCCAGCCGGGAGUAGUUGUAGAUCCCUCAGACACACAUUUCAGCCUGUGUACCUGUGACUGUGAUGUCCACACCUUGUGUCAGUGGUGUCCUUGAUGCCCUCGACCAGCUGCUGCACCUGUGGACUGUGGCUUGCCGAGCCGUGCUCCGGUAUGAGAGAUGGCCGAGCACCCGUGUCUCGGGGCAAGGACUGGAGGUGGCAGCGUGCGCAGUGGGCUCUGCAUGGGUAGCCGCGUGUAACGUCUUAUGGGUAAAUUAUAUGUGGGGCAUAGUACAUGCUCAAUAAAUAUUUUUUAAUGAACAAAA